CAACAACAACAACAACAACAACAACAACAACAACAACAACAACAACAACAACAACAACAACAACAACAACAACAACAACAACAACAACAACAACAACAACAACAACAACAACAACAACAACAACAACAACAACAACAACAACAACAACAACAACAACAACAACAACAACAACAACAACAACAACAACAACAACAACAACAACAACAACAACAACAACAACAACAACAACAACAACAACAACAACAACAACAACAACAACAACAACAACAACAACAACAACAACAACAACAACAACAACAACAACAACAACAACAACAACAACAACAACAACAACAACAACAACAACAACAACAACAACAACAACAACAACAUUACCGCAAAGCAGGUGUACGCAAACGUUGUGGACUCGUGGUAAUCGUGGUAAUCCGUUGGUUCGCUACCCCUAUUGUGGACGAGUUGACUACGAUAACAAGUAGUUUCACACGACGUACGUUUCGCCGUAUUGUUCGUGACGGCUCAUCAGCCUACACCCGCCAUGAGAAAGACAAGAAGCGGGCGCAGAUCUACGAACAGCGCUUGCGUGAUGUGGAGCACGCCUCGUUCGUCCCCGCAGUGUUCUCUACAACCGGUGGUGUGAGCAAGUGA